AUGUCUCGGAGAUACCAAAACAGGAUGUGCGGUCAGCUUUUGAGUCAAUAUGAUUCCCACCUUCUAGACAUUUAUAAGGCUGAAAUGGGUUACGGCGUAGAGCGUUUCUUCCUCCUGGCUUACUGCUUGGCCUGUUGCUGGCCAGGUCUUGGUGCCAAGACAGGACUUAGGAUAGUUAGACAAUGGGCGGAAUUGGACUUUGUAUUUCCCAGUGAAACUGUGCAGCAGAUUGCUAUAGAAAGACAGUAUUAUAUAAAAGGAAACUCCGUUCCAUUAGAUGUAGACGUUCAGCAUAAGAAAGGUCCAGAAAAGUCCAGAAUAUUCGUAACCAUACCUCGUUUCGAUACGGGACGUCCAAUGACGUUCGGUACUGUGGAGGAUGAUAGCCGCAUUCGUGCCUAUCCCGACUACUCUUGGCACGACAAUCAGGGCCUCAAUUGUGAUGGAAUGACUUCUGUUUUUCGAGUCGCUAUAGACAAAUGCCAGCGACUGUGGGUAAUGGACUCAGGGAAGAUAGGGGAUGCGCAGGUGUGUCAACCUCAACUCCUUGCAUUCAACCUUCAUAAUGACCAGCUGAUAUACCGUCACCGUGUAAAUGCGUCAAGCUAUAUUGCCUCAUCACUAUUCAUAACACCUGUAGUGGACAUAAAGGGGCGCGGUCCAAAUGACUGCUCUGACACAUUUGUGUACGUGGCCGACGUGUCUGGCUUCGGAAUUCUGGUCGUUGAUGUCGACAGAGACCGAUCGUGGAGAAUCUCACAUCGUCACUUUUUCCCUUAUCCAUCGCACGGAUCGUUCAGUAUUGACGGUGAGACCUUUGACUUGAUGGAUGGGGUAUUUGGCUUCGCGUUAUCCCCUCGUCUAGCAGAUGGAUAUCGAUUCCUCUACUUCCACGCGCUUGCGUCGGUAAAAGAAAAUGUUGUGCGGACCAGUGUGCUUCAGAACGAUUCUUUCAUCCAUGAUCCAAAUGCUGACCCAAACUCUGUUAGCGUAUUUGCAGAAGAAAGACCAAAUCAAUCAGCAGCUGAAGCGAUGAAUAAGGAUGGUAUUUUGUUCUUCGGUUUAAUGGAACCUCCGGGCAUAUGGUGCUGGAAUUCAGCUACAGAAUACUCAACGAGUAAUUUCCAUCAAAUCGCCAUCAAUAGAGAGACACUACAGUUUGCAAGUGGUGUUAAAAUCGUAACUAACAUCAAAGGCGAAGAAGAACUUUGGGUUUUAACCUCAAGCUUCCAAAGAGUCAUGACCGGAACUUUAAGUUCUGAUAGAAUUAACUACAGAAUACACGCUGAGAAGAUCCCAAAUUUAUUACAGAACUCGCCAUGCGUGAUGACCCCAAAGGACCGCGCGGUGGGUCAUCAUGCCAAUCUGAUCACACCAGACAAACCGAGACAUUUUUACAAGUAUGGGGCUGUAGCAUUUCUUUAG